AUGCCACAAGCUCUGUGGACUACUAAAGAGCAGUGUAAAUGGCUCCAAGAACAGUUGCCAGAGUAUACCGCCCUACACAGCAGCGAGGACAAGGACUACACGCUCUUCUGGCCCAAGAUUCAUCUUUAUUGGUUUAAAACAUGGCCCGAGCGAGCAAUCCUAUUCCCCGACAUCCUUGUGGAAACAAUACUAACAAAGGUGCAAGAAACUGCAGUAGGUGAUGCUGAAGAUGUGCGUAAACUUCAAUUGCAGACCUGGUUCCAUUGGCACACAAACGCAUCCAAGAAAAAUCACGGCUUAAAGAAGGAUGCAUCCAUCUUUGAAGCUGCCCUGCUACCGAAGUCACACGCAAAAUCAGUUGAAGAAAUUUACAUGGAUAUGGUGUACGACGAACGGAUCAAACCUCUUGUCAAGGCUGAACAAGAGGCAGGUAAUGUAACUACAUCUGGUCGCCACAUAGCAUUGGGCCAAAAAUUUUGCAAAGAGCUUCUAGAAGACAAGUCGGAUGAAGUUAAGCAGGAGGUCAGAGAGAAGUAUAACAAGCAGAAGAAGGUAAAGAAGGGCAAGUCAAACCACAAAGAUGAUGACGACAACGAAAUUGAUGCUGAUGCUAUUGCAAAGUGUCAUCCAUCAGAAACCCCCGCCAGAAGUAACUUUGCUCAAUUAUGCCCUGACAAGGACAACACCUUCCUUGCCGAAUAUCAGCAAUACACUGAAUUAAUCUUCUCUGCGAAUGAGCGCAACCCACUCCUGCAAGAUGUCACAGGGGAAGAUGAGACUAAGGAGCUCGAGCGAUGCGACAGUGGUGGAGAAGCCAGUGAAGCACUGGCAGAAGAAAAUGGAGAGGAUACUGGAGAGAACAACAAAGGAUCGGCUAAUAAUUCCAUGGACUGGGAUCAUCCAGGCUUGGCUAGUUCCUCGACCGGACUCAGUGAUGCAUCAAUUACGCGCUUUCAUAACACUGAAGCCAGCAUCAGUGAUGCACCACUUGAUCAUUCCGGAUUCUAUUCUGAGGCACAAUCUGAUGCAUCACUCGAACAGGCCCCCAAUGCAUCACUUGCACAGGCCCUGCCUGAUGUAUCACUGGAUUGGCAGGUGCCAUCCUUUUCCCAUGCCAAACUUAUGUCGAUGGGUUUUUUUGGUACCUGCGGCACCCCACAGGACUCAUUUCCUUCGGCAUUCGGCUCAUCAGCACCCUUGUUCACUGACAAUACUAUUGAGGGGUUCUAUGAUGCGCAAUACGACACACACGCUUGGAAUCACGGCACCCUUGAUUCACAGAGGUGGGACAUGCCUAGUCUGAACUCUUUCUUGAGUUCCCCGAUCUCUGCUGAGCGCAGCACAACCACACCUGAGCAGGAUGACAUCGACGUCCUUCCUCAAUUUACUAGUCAGGAUCCCGUUCUUCCAGCAGCAAAUCUUCCUUCUCCAAAUGAGGGCGCGCAAGAUCUUGCCGAGGCUCACACUGGCACUGGGCUUGCUAAGUCUAAGUGCAAGUGUAAGCCAAAGCCUUCAGCUGCCAAAGUCAAAGGCAAUCCCACCAUGGAUCCCACCCCUGCCAUCGCACCCGCCAUCACAUCCGUGAAUGCAGCUAAACCCAAAGUACAACCUCUCGCCAAGUCUGGUAUGAUAAUGGAGACAUCACACACUGCUGCAACUGCCCUUGAUACUGCCACUACGACACAGAAUCCUGGGCCUGCAGUCAAUUCUGGGGCAGCUCCACGUGCUUCCAAACAUGUUCUGAUCAAAUCGAGGCGGAGUGAAAUCGCUGACACCAUUGGGUCGGGUGGAACAUCAACGAAGCGUCCCAAUAACGCAACUAUGGAGGGUAUGAUUCCUACCAAGAAAAUAUGUACGAAGGCAUGA